AUGCCAAAUCAAGAUGAAUUUUCAUUGAAUGAUGAUAUUUUAUUUGAAGGAAAAAUAUCAAUUCGUUUAAAAACAAAAAAUCCAACAGAUAUUAUUGCUUUAAAUGUUGCAAAUGCUUCUUAUAUUAAUCCUAAUUUUGAAAAUAUAUCAAUAACUGAUUCAUUAUCAAUGAAAAAAGAUAUUAUUAUAAUAAAAAAUAUUGAAUAUGAUGGUAAAAAAGAAAUAAUGUAUUUUUUUUUAAAUAGAUCAUUAAAAGUAGAUGAAGUAAUUAUAUUUUCAUUUGAUUAUAAAGGAUAUAUAAAUAAAUAUGAAAAUUUAGGAAUUUUUAUUAAUAAAACAAGAUCAAGUAAUGAUACAAAACUUUAUGUUGGUACACAUAAUCAACCAGGAUUUGCUCGUCGAUUUAUUCCAUGUUUAGAUGAACCAAAUUAUAAAAGUGUUUGGAAUGUUAGUGUAAUACAUCCAAAACCAACAAAAGCAGUAGGAAAUGGUUCACCUUUAUUAGAAGAAGAUAUAGAUGAUAAAUGGAAAAAAACAACAUUUUCACCAACUUAUAAAAUGAGUUCAUAUUUAUUUGCAUUAUUUGUUUCUGAAUUUAAAUAUAUUGAAAAAGAGGUGACUCAUACAAAUAUACGUUUAUGGUUUGAUUCAAUAUAUCAUGAUAAAGCAGAAAUAAUAUUAUAUUUAAAUGAACAAAUUUUAAUAUUUUUAGAACAUUAUUUUGACUAUGCUUAUCAAAUGAACCAUCUAGAUAUUGUCGCAAUACCACAUUUAAAUGUUGAUGCAAUGGAAAAUUGGGGUCUUAUAAUGUUUAGGAGUAAAAUUCUUUUUGAAGAUAAUGAAAAUGAUAAAACAAGACAAGAGGAUAUAUUAAUUACAAUAACACAUGAAUUAAUUCAUCAAUGGAUUGGUAAUUUAAUUACACCUGAAUGGUGGCAACAUAUAUGGCUUGCUGAAGGAGUAACACAAUUAUUAACAGAAAUUGUUAUUGAAAAAAUAUAUCAUGAAAAUUUGUCAUAUCAAAUAUUUAAUAGAACCAGAAAAGGAAUGUUUAAUGAUUUUAAUAAAACAUAUGACUUAACACUUGAAGAUAAUUUUGAUGAUAUUCAUAAUUAUAAACAUCAUUUUGAUAUUGCUUAUUCAAAAGGAUAUGGUAUUACAAAAAUGGUAUAUCUUAUUUUAGGUUAUGAUUUAUUUCGUGAAGCAAUGAGAUUAUAUGUUAAAAAAAAUAAAUUUUCAAAUGUUGAUAGUACAAUACUUUUUCAAAGAUUUCAAAAAAUUGCUAAUGAAAGUGGUUUUGGUAAUCAAGUUAAUUUUAAUUUAAUGAGAAAAGAAUGGGUUCUUCAAAAAGGUAUUCCACUUGUUGAUGUUAAAAGAAUUGAUAAUAAUACAUUAGAAUUAACUCAACAACCAUUUGAUGUUCGUGAAAAUAAUGAAUUAGGAUAUAAACCAUUUAAUGAAAAAUUUAGAUGUACAUGGAAUAUUCCUAUAUGGUAUACAGUUAACGGUGUACUUCAAAAAUUGGAAUGGUUGCAAAAUCGUUUAACACUUAAUGUUAAUUCAUCUGAUAUCUAUAUUAUAAAUCCUGAAACAAAAGGAUGGUACUUAGUUAGAUAUGAAAAAGACUAUUAUAAAGUAUUAAAAAAUAAAAUUACCAAAAAUACUGUACCACAUAGAAGUUAUAUGUCAGUUGUAUGUGAUGCAGUUUGGUUAUGUGUUGAAAAGUACACGGAUUGCCAAACUGGUUUUGAAUCAACUAGAUGUAUUGUUAAAGCACCAUCUAAUUGA